CGUCCUCGACAGGAGUUUCCCCGACAGCUGAGCAGCAGCUAAAUGCGUUUCUUUUCACCUGUAACAGAGAUCAUUUUUAACUCCAUUGAGUCGAAGUUUCGUAGAAUGGGUGAUAAGAAGAGCCCCACAAGGCCAAAGCGGCAAUCGAAGCCCUCUGCCGCGGACGAUGGGUACUGGGACUGUAGCGUGUGCACGUUCAAGAACACCGCGGAGGCGUUCAAGUGCAUGAUGUGUGAUGUCAGGAAGGGUACGUCAACUCGAAAACCACGGCCUGUUUCUCAGCUGGUUGCACAGCAAGCGAAUCAACAGUUUGCACCACCCAUGCUCCCCAAAAAGGAGAAGAAAGAAAAAUCAGAGAAAGACAAGAGUGAUAAAGAACCAACACUGAAAAAGAAAAACCAUAAAAAGAUGAGGCCCAGGUUAAAAAACGUAGACAGGAGCAGCGCCCAGCAUCUAGAGGUCACAGUUGGAGACUUGACAGUAAUAAUCACAGACUUUAAGGAGAAAGCCAAACCCACGUCCACUUCGACAAGUGCUGCCUCAGCGGACCAACACAGUCAAAGCGGCUCAAGCUCCGACAACACUGAACGAGGGGUCUCCAGAUGCUCCUCGCCCCACGUGGAGGCCUCGCCGGUUAACGGAGAGACUCACUAACCUUUUUAGCACAACCCAUUCUUCUGCACUCUCUACAGCCUCAAUCAGAGAUUGAUCUUCGACUUGCAUUAAUAAUACUAUAGAUUCCAAUGUGAUAGCUGUUUUUGGGGGGGGCUGUAUUUUUCACUGCCUCCCCGCGAUGAUAAAGAAUUCAGGAUUCAGGACGUAUAUGCUGUGUGCUCGAUGCAAAGAACUGUUGCAACAAGAUCUGUCCUGAUGAACUGGAAACAAAGGAACAGUAGCAUUAAAUCCUGGAUUUCUGCCACGUGUUGUGGUUACUUAUGUUUUAACACUUCAGUGUUACGUCAGCAACACACUGGGUUGACCGUAGCUGCACAGAAUACUUGAUGCAUUGUGAAAGAAAGAGAAAAAAAGUCAUCUCAGAAUUGUAGGUUAUCCUUGUAUUUUGUUAUCGUUAUUUGCACUUAAUGGCGUUCUAUGUUCAUGAUAACAUUUUUUUAGCAUUAUUUCCACUUUUCCAUUGUCAGUAAAUCAUAACACUGCUGGUCACUGGCUUCAUUCAGCUCUUAUUUUAUGCCAUUGGAUGCAAUCAUCUUUUCUUUUUUUUCUUUUUUACUGUCUAACAUUUGAGUAAAAAUAUUGAAUAAUUAUUCUAAGUAUGCUUCUCAUUCACUUGGUAGAGAUAAGCAUGAUUUAAUCGAUAGAAUGG